UGGCUGCAGCACCAGAUGGACAGGAUCACAGGCCUGGGUGUCUUUGGCGAAAAGAAACCCAAUCAUGUCCUUGUCAACGAGUACUUACCAGGACAAGGGAUCAUGCCUCAUGAGGACGGCCCCUUGUUCUACCCAACCAUCACCACUAUAAGUCUAGGAGGUCCCUGUCAGCUCAACCUUUACCGUCCUCACACCUCCAUGCAAAAUCACAGCGAGGAACAGGAUGAAGGUACAGAGAAUGGUGAGCAGAAUGGCGAGGAGAACAGUAACAACUUGGAAUAUGACUUGGAAGCUCGCUAUGUGGGCUCUCUCCUUCUGGAAGCAAGAAGUCUCUUGGUGCUGCAGGAAGAUCUCUAUGUGACUUUCCUACACGGUAUUGAGGAGACCAAGCAGGAUGUGGUGACCGACAGGAUCCUCAACCUAGGGUCCUGUACUGUGAAUGUUGGAGACACUGUAGAACGCAGCACGAGGAUCUCACUCACUAUCAGACAUGUUCCGAGGGUCAUUAAGGCUAAACUCCUGCUGGGAAAAAACAGACGCUGAUAGAAAUGAAAAAAAGAAGGGUAAAUGCUGAUAAAGAAAGACAAAGGUUGGGCAGAUACUGAGCAGACACUGAUGAAAUCAUGAAUAAAGGAAAAACUGAAGGAGAAUGACAAAUGAAAUUGUUAUUAGCAUUAGUUUUUUUAUAUUUAAAAAGCAAAGAAAAAUAAUUUGUUACUGUGAUAAUGCCUGUGAUUAUGAACUCUAAUGUUUGAAAUAAAGAAUGACUUGGAUUA